CGAUGGGUCUGCCCUAAAGCAGCACGUGACCGGGCUGAGUGAUGGGGGCAGGAUUGCGCAGCCCUCGCCUUGACUGCGACCCGCCAACACGUUUCUGCGCCCAUUCGCCACCACCGCAACUUCCCACCCGGACGAGAAGCGUUCGCAGCGAGCAUCAAGAGCCAGUGAAGCGAAGGCAGCAUUGGGAGCGUAGAUAGCUUUCAGAUCGUGAAUACAGUUGGUCUGGGAGAGCGUUUCAAGCGUCCCUCUUUGUCCCCUUUUGGCACCGACGUCUCCGUUUGCCUUCCCUCUCCGUUUGCCUUGCAAGCCAUGACCGUAUUUGUCCCUCGCCAGCCACAGUCCCAGCCCAUCGGCCUCCCCACCGCCGAUCGCAGUGCCCCCGAUCCCCUCGCCACACCCAGGGCUGUCCUCCCCCGCGCCGUCGUCGCCGCCGCCGUCGCCUCCCUUCCCACGCUGUCUCCUGUCCUCCUCCCACACGAGCCCGAGUACUGCCUCGCCACAAAGCGUAAGCCCGCCGACACAGGCGACGGCGACCCCGAUGCCCCCCGCUCCAUCAAGAGGUCCAAGAGCGACCAGCAGGAGGGCCUCUUCGGCCCACUGGCCACGCCGCCACAAGGUGCGAUUGACUCUCACAUCCAGCCACCCCUCAUCACACUCACCCACCGCUUCUCUUCCUCCAGCUGAUGCGCCGCAACAAUCGCCCUUUGACAUUGCCAUCGAACAGGCCAUCGCCGCGGCACUCUAUGUCUUCCCAACAGACGCCCAUUCAGAGCCUGUCCCGAUGGCCGUCGACGGCCCAUCGCUUGUUGAUCAGCUCGAUAUCCAGUACCCGUCACACUCAAACCCGCCACUCGUCCUCUCGGCAUUCGGAGACGCCCUCCCCCAGGACGCUGCCUCCCAGACGUGGCAGCAAACUCCCGUCCCAAGCUUCUUCUCGGAUGAUGUCUCGUCACCACCUGUCGCGGGCCCCAGCACCCCCGUCGUCCCGCCACCGGUCGUCGCCGUCGAAGGCAUCGACAUCAUCCCCGAGCAGCCCCAGCCUGUGCUUGCAGCAGAGGCGGAGCCCCAAACCCACAACCAGGCGACGCAGCCUGAAAAAAGAAGACGCAGACAGGACUCACUGUGGAUGGUCGCCUGCAAGGAGCGCGUGGGCAGAGUGUAAGUACCCGUGCGCCCUUUUUCUCCUGUCGUCGCAGUCGGUAUACCACCGAAAGCCGUCGAGGUGGUGUCUCACCACGGUGUGGUGGGGCACUGGUGU